AUGACCCGGCCCAUUAUGGGAGUCGGGCAUAGUUUGGGUGCAACACAACUACGCUCCGCUUCUUGUUCACCUCACCAAGCACAAGCGAGAUGUUUGGCCUUCACGGGCCGCAGCAGAAGAGAAAGCUCGGCAAUAUUUGCGGUCGUGGAUCCGCGGGUCCUCGAACGCUGGUUCCAGUGGGGCUAUCGGGAACUUCCUACGGCCCUCUAUCCCAAGGCCGGCGCGCAUGACUCGGAGACGCCAGUUACUUUGACCACAACCAAAUUCCAGGAGGCAAUGAUCUAUGCCCGUGCGAACCCAAACCGGCAUAAGGAACUGGGGCUACAGACUGAAAACAAUGGCGAGCGUCUUCCAGAGCCCCCUCAUGAUCCGCUGUUCUUUCCUGACGUGAUGGCCGGCUUGCCACCUGGCCAACAGGCAUACCGGCCUGAACCCAUUGUGGCUGGAAAAUUGCUGCCACGUCUUCGCCCUUCCGCGCUAUUUCUUAGUGGUUCAUCGAGCCCGUUAUUUAAAUCCGGACUUCAUACUACCAUGGCAGAAAGAACUGGGGGUAGUAUUGGAGGAAGUGGAGGUGUGCGGUACGGUCGCGUCCGACAUUUGUGGGUUGAGGGUGCUGGUCAUGCGCUGCCUCUGGAGAAAGUGGAUUUGACCGCCAGCACGUUAGGAGAAUGGAUACGGACAGAAAUAGAGCGAUGGAGCACUGAUGAGCGUCGCAUUGCUGCAGGAUGGGAAGAUUUGUCGCCGGGAGAGAGGUCUCGGUUCACCAAGGAGUGGGAGAGAGUGAUGGCAGAGUCAUUGGCCUUCCUGCGCAAUACAAAAGGUGCUAAAUUAUAG